AAGUGCUGCUGCAUCGACCUUGGCUUGUUGAAGAUGGCUGGGAAGGCGUGGAGGUCAGCGAUUCUUAAUCUACUAAAACAGUGGGGUUUAUCGCUCAAUGGCAAGGAUAAAAUCAAGGCACAGGAAGUGUCCCGGGUGGUUGGAGCUUUGAAGACAGAGACUCCACAACUUAGGACGUUCACACGUGGAAUUCACACUGUUACUUUAAUCCCUGGUGAUGGAAUUGGUCCAGAGAUCUCCUCUGCUGUCAUGAAGAUAUUUGAAGCAGCUAAAGCACCUAUACAAUGGGAAGAGAGGAAUGUUACAGCCAUCCAAGGACCUGGAGGCAAGUGGAUGAUCCCUCCUGAUGCCAAAGAAUCAAUGGACAGGAACAAAAUUGGCCUAAAAGGCCCUUUGAAGACACCAAUAGCUGCUGGCCAUCCAUCUAUGAAUCUGCUCCUAAGGAAAACCUUUGACCUGUAUGCCAAUGUGCGCCCCUGUGUGUCCAUUGAGGGCUACAAGACCCCCUACACUGAUGUGAACCUGGUCACUAUCAGGGAGAACACUGAGGGAGAAUACAGUGGGAUUGAGCAUGUGAUUGUUGAUGGAGUUGUGCAGAGUAUUAAGCUCAUUACAGAGCAAGCCAGCCAACGCAUCGCUGAGUAUGCUUUUGAAUACGCCAGAAAUAAUCAGAGGGCCAGUGUUACUGCUGUUCAUAAGGCCAAUAUUAUGCGCAUGUCUGAUGGGCUUUUCCUACGAAAAUGCAGAGAGGCAGCCGAAAAGCACAGAGACGUGAAAUUCACUGAGAUGUACUUGGAUACUGUGUGCCUUAAUAUGGUACAGGAUCCCACACAGUUUGAUGUACUAGUGAUGCCAAAUUUGUAUGGAGACAUCUUAAGUGAUCUUUGUGCUGGACUGAUCGGAGGUCUUGGAGUGACUCCUAGUGGAAACAUCGGCGCCAAUGGUGUUGCCAUAUUUGAGUCGGUUCAUGGAACUGCCCCUGAUAUAGCAGGAAAAGAUAUGGCCAAUCCCACAGCCUUGCUGCUCAGUGCAGUGAUGAUGCUGCGGCACAUGGGCCUGCACGGCCACGCCAAGAAGAUUGAAACUGCCUGCUUUGACAUCAUUCGAGACAAAAAGGUUCUAACAAAAGACCUGGGAGGAAACUCAAAGUGCUCCGAAUUCACAGCAGCGAUAUGUCAACGAGUGCAGGAGCUGGACUGAAAUGAUGCUAAUGAGACAAGUUAAUCAUUAGGGUCUCUUUACUUCAUUAUAUGAUGCUGUAUCGGCACAUUUUAAACCAUAGCAUGUAUUUUUAAAAAGAAGGACUCAGGAGUUAUGGUGUGUCCACAUAGUGUUUUUGUUUGACAGAAAAGCAGUGGCAGGGCGCUGGGGAGCACUUUACAAAAUGCAAGCUCCCAGUGCGUAUGUGGUCUGUUUCUAUGACAACAGUAUCUUGACAUUUACAUUACCAAGGCAGUUUACGUAAUGCUAUUUGAACAGACAGUUGACUACACAAUUAACAACAAGCUUGCAACAUGUACGGUGAUAAAAGCACACUCACCAGCAACGUUCAGUGUUUGUCCAAUCUGCUCCUACAGUUGGGCUUUUCUGUCUCUGUUGUAAUAGCAUCUCACUGACAUAUAGCUCGAUAUAGACAGUAGCUAAAGAAGCAGCUGUGACAACACCAGCGCCUUUCUGAAAAGUUCCUGUGACUUUCAACCACAAGUGCUCAAGAGAGCCGCACAAAAAACCCGGAGCACUCUGAAAAAGAUGCUGACUGCAGUGCUUCUUCUCCAUUGGUAACAAUUUUUAAAAAGACACUGGCACUCAGAAAAAAACACUAUGUGGACACAGGCCCGUAGAGAUCCUGAACAUUUUAUUAUGCCCUCUGCACACUCCAAAGCACUGUCUUAAAACAUACAAUGCACAGUUACUGUAUAAGUGAUAAGUAUUUUAUUCUUAAACUGUUUAAUCUGUGGUGAAUAUUGUCUAUUUAUUGGCUGAAUUUGGCCUCUCGUCUAAUGUGAUUGACGCUGUUAUUUUGACAUAAAAGAUGCAAUCCGUAACCUCCAUGAUCAAACACUCGAAACGUUCGUCAACAAGUCAAACUCUUCAGUUACACUGUGGAUAUAUUUCACAUUCAUAUUGUGAAAAAAAUACGGAUUGAAGCUUUCAUGAUUUAAACAUCAUCAGGCUUCUGUGUCAUGAAUCUUGCAGAUGUUUUGCACUCUUUCUGCCAUGUCAUACUGUGUUUUCUUGCUGCAAAUAUCAUGAAUGUAUGAAGAAAAAUAAAUAUUGCAAUGACAUCAGAAA